ACACAUACACACGCAGUCACUGCAGCAUCUCUCUUGAUCUGAUGGAGCUUCAGAACAGCAGCUAAAAGGAAAUGUUUUAGCAUUUGAGGAUUAUUCUUUUCAACAUUCAGGUUUUCUGCUUUGCAGCCUCACCUUCUGCAGCCAUCUUCUGGACUACUUUUGAACAGCUCUGGGAUUUCCCUGUCACUUCAGAAUCUGUUUCACUCCUUGUGGGUGUACAUCAGUGGUUUUCAAAGAGGGAAAGAAACCAGCAUGUAUCUGGCUACUGUGCCUGUUUCCGUAACUGGAUGUCCUCUGGGAUAGUUUCGUUCUUUCGCUCCUCUGGAUUAGAAUGUUGAGCAUCUGACCAAUCAGCAUCCUCCAACACUACGCCCUGACCCAAGCAGUCCCAUAAUUGGGACCCCAAGUUGUCUCAUAGCUGUAAGUCUUUGUGGAUCAUUCAUUCAUUGCACUUCUGGAUUAGAUCUUCAACAACUUGACCAAUCAAAUCCCUCUGACCCGACACAGUCUCAUAACUGGAAGUCCUUGCAGAUCGUUCUUUCACACCUGUGAAUUGGAAAUUUGAACAGCUGACCAAUCACAUCCCUCCAACCCAACAUCACGCCCCACUCAAAGCCUCAGAAGGCCAUUUCUGGUGACCUGGUCAAAGGGGGUUGUGGUGAGCCAGGGUCACCCCCUGCUCCCUAUGACUGUGUCAGGGAGUCGAAGAGCCGCUGGGCCUGGGAGAGAGAAGAGAGUAGAGGCCAGCGGAUGGAGAGCAGUGGCUGCAGCCCCUUCCCUCUGUGCUGGGCACGAGGAGCCUGCGUCUACUCCUACCCUCCCCCUCUGCAAAAAUAUGACGGACAGUUAGCACCCACCAAAGCCAUGGCAGCGGCUUACCUGAACCCCAACCUGACUCAUUCCCUGAACCAGGGGGUCAAGCCUCGCUUCAGCGCAGGGAUGGAGCGGACGGCUGGGGCUCUGGAGCGCGUGCUCAAAGUCUUCCACUACUUCGAGAGCAGUAGUGAACCCUGCACCUGGGCCAGCAACAUCAGACACGGGGACUCCACUGAUAUUAGGGGCAUUAUACAGAAGAUAUUGGACAUCCAUAAGGUGCGGUGUGUGGCCUGCUUUGGCCUGCGUCUGAGUCACCUGAGGACAGGUGAAGUUCAUUGGCUCCACCCCGACAUGGGUGUGUCUCAUGUGAGGGAGAGGUACGAGCACAGCCACCCCCAAGAUGACUGGAGAUAUGAGCUACGGAUUCGAUACUUGCCCAAAGGGUUUAUAAAACAGUUUACUGAGGACCAGCCAACUCUCAGCUACUUUUAUCAUCAGGUAAAAAGUGACUACAUGAUGGAGAUUGCUGAUCAAGUCGAUCAAGACAUAGCACUUAAACUGGGCUGCCUUGAAAUCAGGAGGUUUUUCAGGGACAUGCGUGGUAACGCCUUGGAUAAGAAAUCAAAUUAUGAACUGCUAGAGAAGGACGUUGGUCUGCGGAGAUUCUUUCCAAAGAGUUUAUUAGACUCAGUGAAGGCUAAAUCCUUGCGGAAAUUGAUCCAGCAGACGUUUAAACAAUUUGCCAAUCUGAAUGAUGAACAGUGCAUUCUGAAGUUCUUUGAGAUCCUAUGGCCCAUAUACAGAUUUGAUAAGGAGUGUUUUAAAUGUGCUCUUGGGUCAAGCUGGGUUAUUGCAGUGGAGUUGGCCAUCGGACCAGAGGAGGGAAUCAGUUACUUGACUGACAAAGGCUCAAACCCAACACACCUGGCCAACUUCACACAGGUGCAGAAUAUCCAGUUUGAGGAGCGAGAGAAGAAGGGAAUGCUACAGUUAGAUGUGGCUGGAGCACCCGAGCCUCUGACAGUAACAACUACAACUCUGAACACAGCUGAGAACAUGGCUGAUCUAAUCGACGGUUACUGCAGACUUGUGAGCGGAAAUUCCUCAUCGUUUAUCAUCCGUGUACAGAAAGAAGGAGAGAGAGCUCUUCCAUCAAUCCCAAAGGCUCCAAAAUCAGCAAACCAUGAGAAACGGUUACAAGGAGUUCGAGCUAAAGCCAUCUCUGUUUCAGAUGAUAUUGGUGAUGAAACAGAUGACUAUGCAGAGAUCAUAGACGAAGAGGACACAUACACCAUGCCUUCCAAAUAUUAUGGACUAGAUGAAGCCAGGGACUAUGAGAUCCAGAGAGACAGAAUUGAGCUGGGCCGCUGUAUAGGAGAGGGCCAGUUUGGAGACGUCCACCAAGGGCUUUACAUAUGUCCGGAGAACCCAGCUCUUUCUGUGGCAAUAAAGACGUGUAAGAACUGCACAUCGGACAGCGUUCGAGAGAAAUUCCUCCAGGAAGCCUUGACCAUGCGACAGUUUGAUCAUCCACAUAUCGUAAAGCUGAUUGGCGUUAUUACAGAAAAACCUGUAUGGAUUAUCAUGGAGCUGUGCACACUGGGAGAGUUGCGAUCCUUUCUACAGAUUAGGAAGUACAAUCUGGAUUUAGCGUCACUCAUCCUGUUUUCUUACCAGCUCAGCACAGCCCUUGCAUACCUGGAGAGCAAACGCUUUGUGCACAGGGACAUUGCUGCCCGGAAUGUUCUGGUGUCUUCAGUGGACUGUGUAAAGCUGGGAGACUUUGGUUUGUCUAGAUACAUGGAGGACAGCUCUUAUUAUAAAGCCUCUAAAGGAAAACUACCUAUUAAAUGGAUGGCGCCAGAGUCAAUAAACUUUAGACGUUUUACCUCUGCCAGCGAUGUGUGGAUGUUUGGUGUGUGUAUGUGGGAGAUCCUGAUGUACGGAGUAAAGCCAUUUCAGGGCGUGAAAAAUAAUGAUGUGAUUGGACGGAUUGAGAACGGUGAGCGUCUUGCUAUGCCACCCAACUGCCCGCCGACCCUCUACAGUCUGAUGACCAAAUGCUGGGCGUAUGACCCCAGCAAACGACCACGAUUCACAGAGCUCAAAGGCCAGCUAAGUACAAUCCUUGCAGAGGAGAAGACUCAACAGGAAGAGCGCAGCCGUAUGGAGAUGAGGAGACAGGUUCCUGUGUCCUGGGACUCAGGAGGCUCAGAUGAGGCACCACCCAAACCCAGCCGACCUGGUUAUCCAAGUCCUCGUUCCAGUGAAGGAUUUUACCCCAGUCCUCAGCACAUGGGCCAGCACAAUCAUUAUCAGAUGGCAGGGCACUCGGGCCCACACAGCUUGCUUUCCGUGCCUGGCAGCAUGUAUCCUCAGGCUGCAGGGACAGGACUUGAUCCCCAUGAUAGCUGGAACCAUCGUAGAGGUGCUCAAGAUCACAUGUGGAACCCCAGCAUGGAGGAUGGAGUUGCUUUGCAUUGUGGUCUGUCUCAGCUAAUGGAAGAACAGUUGUUACUGCAGCAGCAGCAGAUGGAUGAUGAUCAGCGCUGGUUGGAGCAGGAGGAGAGACUACUGAAGCCUGAUGGCAGAAGUUCCAGAGGCAGCAUUGACCAUGAUGAUGGAAGUCUGCAGGGACCAACUGGAAACCAGCACAUUUAUCAACCUAUAGGGAAGGCAGAGCACGCAGCACCACCUAAAAAGCCUCCUCGGCCUGGAGCUCCCGGCCACCCCGCAGGAGUCUCUGGUCUCAAUCCAACAGAUAGAUACAAUGAAGGCGUGAAGAUUCAGCCCCAGGAGAUCAACCCGCCCCCAACCGCUAACUUGGAUCGGUCCAAUGAUAAGGUCUAUGAAAAUGUGACAGGGCUGGUAAAGGCUGUGAUUGAAAUGUCCAGUAAAAUCCAGCCAGCUCCCCCAGAGGAAUACGUCCCCAUGGUGAAGGAGGUGGGAUUAGCAUUGAGAACACUGUUGGCCACUGUGGAUGAGACAAUACACUUACUGCCAGCUCACACACACAGAGAGAUCGAAAUGGCUCAGAAGCUUCUAAAUUCCGACUUGGCAGAGCUGAUAAAUAAGAUGAAGUUAGCUCAGCAGUACGUCAUGACCAGCCUGCAACAGGACUAUAAGAAACAGAUGCUAACAGCUGCACAUGCACUCGCUGUGGAUGCCAAAAACUUGCUGGAUGUGAUCGACCAGGCCAGGCUGAAGAUGUUGGGCCAAGCACGGCCGCAUUAGCCCUGGGCUUAGGCCACAUUAGGAAUAAGGCAUGAGGACACCAACGCACAUUACGGCAGCACAGCAGACUGACGCCCCAGAAACACACCAGCACAGACUUGUAUAUUCAUGGGCUCCCUGCACUCAUUCACUGACCCUCCACAUUUUAGAACACUGGGGCUUGUGAAGAGGGCUCUGGAUUUAUUUAAUGGAUGAGCCAGACUGGACCGGACUCAUCAAGACUGAAGACAAGUAAUGACUGGAUCUCUUCCAGAGCAUUCUGGUCCCUUCAAUGAAGCGUUUGUGGGACUGGUAGAUCUGCUUUAAGCAGAUGGUGACUGGAAGCCGAGGAGGAGAUCUGAGAAUCUGGGGCUGCUCUGAGCUUUUAAAAGUCUCUGGAGGAUAAGAGACACUCUUACACUGUAUCUAAUAUGUCUGUGUUUCAUUGACAAAUCCGAGCUCCAAGGUCAGAUCACACAAAUCUAGAUUUCGCUCAGAUUGGAUUCUGGUUGUAGAAUCAUAAAAGUUGAGACUCUCAGUUUUGCACAGUAGAACUUGAGUUGAGUCUGGAUUUGCAAGGUUUCUUGAGACUUUUUUGCAUUGCAGACUCAACACUUCUCCCUAGGACUGAGAAGGAGAGUGUUGUAUAUUUGGCCCUUGUGCCACCUAGAGGUAAAAUAAAGCUGAAUUAAAAGAAAA